CUCACUGGCAGCGUGUGCGAGUGCGCAGGAGCGUCUCGCCGAGAAGAAGUCAGAUGGAAAGAAGCAGCAGACGAGGAGGACAUCAUCAUGAGAGUCCAAUCGACGCUCGCUUAAAAGAGGAGAGCAGGAGAAAGUGGACUCACUGAAGCAUUCGGAUGCACGUUUGCACCUCUCCAGUCCAAAGCGGGACUGCAGAAAGAGAGCGAGAGAGAAACCCAAUCCUGGAAAUCGAGCUGAUUACGCGACCGCACGGAAGGAUGUCGAACGUUUGAGCAACUUGUCCCCUGUGAUGAGGAAGCCACAAGAAGUGGACACAGUAGCUUCUUGUGCGUAAUUUGUUGUUUUCCGAAUGGCUUCCCUCGGCUGGCUGAAAGUCGACGCGCACUGGUGAUUAUUUCAUGGCUGUGAGGUGCAGCGGGAGUCGUGCGUGGAGAAAGAGGACGCUGUGAGCAGAAGGCAAGCGAGCCAGCGCACUUUUUCGGGUUGUUGUUGGAGGCAGAGGAGUUAUCGGACUUGAAUUAGUCCUGAUUUUCUCACCGCCUCUUGCUUUCUUCCGUAGUAUGUCUGCACUCCGAAAGAAAUUCGGGGACGAUUACCAGGUAGUGACCACGUCAUCCAGCGGCUCUGGCUUCGGCAACCAGGCGCCGGCGGAGAAGAAGCGCAAGCGGCAGCGCUUCGUGGACAAGAACGGCCGCUGCAACGUUCAGCAUGGCAACCUGGGGGGCGAGACCAGCAGGUACCUCUCGGACCUCUUCACCACCCUGGUGGAUCUGAAAUGGCGCUGGAACCUCUUCAUCUUCAUCCUCACCUACACGGUGGCUUGGCUCUUCAUGGCGUCCAUGUGGUGGUUCAUCGCCUACAUCCGCGGGGACCUGAACAAGGCGCACAACGACAAGUACACGCCGUGCGUGGCCAACGUCUACAACUUUCCCUCGGCCUUCCUCUUCUUCAUAGAGACCGAGGCCACCAUCGGCUACGGCUACCGCUAUAUCACGGACAAAUGUCCCGAGGGCAUCAUUCUCUUCCUCUUCCAGUCCAUCCUUGGCUCCAUCGUGGACGCAUUUCUCAUCGGUUGCAUGUUCAUCAAGAUGUCCCAGCCUAAGAAGAGGGCCGAGACGCUCAUGUUCAGCGAGCACGCGGCCAUCUCCAUGCGUGACGGGAAACUCACGCUCAUGUUUCGGGUGGGCAACCUGCGCAACAGCCACAUGGUCUCCGCGCAGAUCCGAUGCAAGCUGCUCAAAUCCCGGCAGACCCCUGAAGGCGAGUUCCUCCCCCUGGACCAGUUGGAGCUAGAUGUAGGCUUCAGCACGGGAGCAGACCAACUCUUCCUGGUUUCGCCGCUCACCAUCUGCCAUGUGAUCGACACCAAAAGCCCCUUCUACGACCUCUCGCAGAGGUCCAUGCAAACGGAGCAGUUUGAAAUUGUGGUGAUUCUGGAAGGCAUCGUGGAGACCACGGGAAUGACAUGCCAAGCAAGGACGUCCUACACCGAAGACGAGGUUCUGUGGGGACAUCGCUUCUUUCCGGUCAUCUCCUUGGAGGAAGGCUUCUUCAAGGUGGACUACUCGCAGUUCCACGCCACCUUCGAGGUGCCCACCCCGCCGUACAGCGUGAAGGAGCAGGAGGAGGCCCUGCUCCUGUCCUCGCCGCUCAUGGCUCCGUCCCUGUGCAACAGCGGGGAGAAGAACAGUUCCCUGGACUGCCUGGAGACCCUGGAGGACAAUGACAGCACUACCAAGCUGCCCAGCAAGCUUCAGAAGAUCACAGGGCGGGACGGCCUUCCCAAAAAGCUGCUGAGAAUGAGCUCCACCACCUCCGAGAUGACUUACAGUUUCGGGGAGCUGCCCAUGAAGCUGCAGCGAAUCAGCUCCGUGCCAGGAGUGUCCGAUGAUAAGCAGGGCGGCAAGGCGUCCAAAAUAAGCACAGAGCCAAUCAGCAAGUCGGUGGCAGACUUACCCCCCAAACUGCAGCGACUGGCCGGGGGAGGCAGGAUGGACGGACACCUGCCGCCCAAACUCAGAAAGAUGAAUUCGGAUCGCUUUACAUAAACAAAUCACCCGUCUUUUAACUUCCCUUCUGUACUAGUCCGGAUUUAGCAAUUGACAACAUUCUUCUCAUGUAAAACGUGCGCAAAUACAAUACAGCUCUCGUUCGUUCUUUCCAUUUUCAAUUGGCGAUACAAAAAGGGGCUUAUCAUCGUGUAAUAAUGUUUUGUUAGAUGAUUUUGAAUUCAACUCACUGUGUCACCGGGUUUCCAAUUUCAAGCUUGACUUUUGUUGGCACAGUGAGUUCCUAUCAUUUUUCUAACAUUGUGAACCAAGUAACAAAAAUGCUUGGUUUGUGAAUGAUAUUGAGACUACAUUUAGGAUUCAUUUUUCUCCAUUAAGCUAAAAAUUGCUAUGGCAGUUAUACUAAUUGGCUAAAGAAUUACUUCCACCGUGAUCAAUAAUUUUCAGACAUUUAUAAGCAUACUGAACAUCACUAUAACCAGAGGUGGGUAGUAACACGUUACAUGUACUCCGUUACAUUUACUUGAGUAACUUUUUGAGAAAAAUAUACUGUAGAUUUGUGAGGAAAAAACGCUACCCUUACUCCGUUACUUUGGGCUACACAAGAGUCGUUACCACAAUAAUAACAUUAUUCUCCAUUAUACCAAUCAGACGCAAGCUUGUCGUUCUAUGAUCAAGCCAGCUUGUUCAAUCCCGUGGCAUCUUUGAAGCACCUUAAAAAUGAAGUACCCUAUUGGCCCGAAUAUAAAACGGCCCUGAUUAUAAGACAUCCCCUCUUUUUCAAGACUCAAGUUUGAAAAAACUUUUUUGAACACCAAAUGAAUUUUUAUACAGAAAAUAAUUACAUUACAUCCGAAACAAAUGACCGUAACAAUAUAUUUGAGAGGAAAAAGCAUGUUAUUUUACCUCAUUAAAAUCUUAAUAUCUGAACAUUUAAAUAUGUAAACUAAAGCGCAAUCACAUUCGUAAAUGAAUGGCUUCUGGUUUUUGAAAUGUAAAUAAACCAAUCUAUUGUGAUAAAACAACAAAAUUGCAAUAACUGCAUUAACCAUCAAAGUGAAGUCUAACUGUAACUGAAGUCUUGAAACCAAUCUGAAUAAGGAAAAACAUUGUAAUAAAAUAAUGCAAACUGGUUAAACUUGAGAGUAGCUGAAAUCUGUCAUGACAGAACAUCGCUUCAACGAUAUCUGGCGACAUCUAGCGUCGUGAAUGGGGAGAGUAGCUGAGAUCUGUCAUAACAGAACAUCGCUUCAAUGAUAUCUGGCGCCAUCUAGCGUCGUGAAUGGGUAUAAUGUCUAGACCGCGAAUAUAAGACCCCCCUCUUUUUCCGUUUUAUUUCAAUGCAAAAAACAUCGUCUUAUAUUCGGGCCAAUACAGUAUUUGACAUAGAGCGCUGCCCUCGAACAUGACUCAAAAGCGCCGAUUUAAACCUCUCUCACAGUUUCUAUUUGGCGAUGAUUGACCACUGGAAAAACGGUUAUAUGACCCUUUUAAUUUCUUAAUAGUAACUCUGAAGGAAGUAUUCACUAUUCAAACUAGGAAAUAUUUUAUAGAGGGCACUCAUGCUCUUAGGACGACUGAUGCUUCAUUUCUGUCAUUUUUUUUUCUUGGUGGAAUUCAAUUUUUUUCGUUUGUGUUUCUUUGGCUUAAUGUGGUUAUGUAAUUGGUUAUUGCACAGUAUCGUUAUAAGAACAGUUCAUAUGGAUAACUUUGUGAUGAGAAAAAAAAUACCAUUGUUGAAACAAAAAAUAGAACAAAAAUGUAUGCGGUUACUCAUUACUUGAGUAUUCUUUUCACCAAAUACUUUUUUACUUGAGUAUAUUUUUUGGAUGACUACUUUUACUUUUACUUGAGUAACAUGAUUUUGAAGUAACGCUACUCUCGGGUAAAAUUUUUGGCUACUCUACCCACCUCUGACUAUAACUCAUUGACUGCGAGUUAAUCACUUUGACACUACAGUUAUAUUCAUCCUUCAUUCCUCCAUUCAAAAAAAUAUUAAAAGCAACCAAAGUCCUGUGGCCUGUUGUCCCAAUCUUGUAAUUGGCCCCCACUGACGGCGAUAGACGUCCAAUCUAGUUGAAUUGCAUUGGCUGUAUAUUGCUGUCAAUAGUAGCCAAUUAGUUAAUAGUGGAUCUGGAUUUUGAAUUGGAUUUGAAUAAUUAAGACCAUAGUCGUGGUAACGAAUGGCUGCCUUUUUUGUGUAGUAUUAAAAAGCAUAAUAACAAAAACUUAAUUUUAAUUGAAAAUCAUAAGGAUUCAUACAAAAAUUUAAAAGCCUGAGUUUUACAAUUUCAACCUUGGAUGAAAAAACAGGCCACAGGAAUAUAUUUAAUCUGAUAAAGAAUUGUUAGAAGAAGAAUGACCAAAGCUGCGGUUUGCUUUCAUUUUCACUCUGUUCCUCUAAACCAGUGAUUCACAGUGUGGUAUCAGUACCACAAGUGGGACAAUCAUUCCUCACCAACACAAAUCUUCUCCAUUUCUAAUACAAUAUCAACAUAAUAAUUUGUCAGAUUAGUCCAGUCUUUUUUUACGUACAGUUACAUUCUAUUUAACUUUUAAGUACAGUGGUACCUCUACAUACGAUCGCUUCGACACACGAACUUUUCGACAUCUGACGUAAAAUUUGACUCGCCAUUUGUUUCUACAUCCGACGACAUGCUCGAAAUACGACGACAACGGCAGCACCGCAGACGAAUGCACGGCGGAUUUUCUUGUGUGACAAAUCAACACAGGUUUCAGAAAAGGUUGGUACAGGUGGUGAAACAAGGAAAAAGUUGACGCGUACCUUCUAAAUGAAGAUGCAAAUGACAGAAAAAUAUGAGCGUAGGGUGGGCAUCCGUGAAAUGGCUCAACAAUACAUCUCCACGGUCCUCCUCCGACCAUCGUUCGCCAGUCUUUAUAAGUUAAGCUGACAAUUCUUAUUGUGGUAACAUCUCCAGAGAAAUCGCCAGCUUCGCCACGUUUUCAUCAUUUCUUUCACAACUUAUUCAACACAAAACGCCUGCUGUCUGCCGCAAUUGACGAUGUUCUCAAGAAAGCAUUGAAUGCGAAAGUAAACUUUCACCCGCUCCCCUCCCUCUUUGUCACAUCAGCGCCGCGGUGCCUUCAGGUACAGAAAAAAACGUCCGCCUUAUUAGAACCCGUUUCGUUACACUAUUACAGGAAUUAUUAUUAUUAUUAUAUUAUUAAUCCGAUUUUUAUUUAUUAUUUAUUUGUUUUGCUAUAUGUAAUUGCCAUUUGUAAUAGUACCAGCAGUAUUUUUUAAGGAUUUAGUGCAGGUUUUUGGGCUGUGGAACGAAUUAAUGGAAUUAUAAUGUAUUCCUAUGGGAAAAUCAUGCUCGACAUACGACCAUUUCGACUUACAAACAAGCUCCUGGAACGGAUUAACUUCGUAUGUAGAGGUACCACUGUACAAUGCAAUAUGUUCGCAUCCAUUCUUGAAAAGCUCUUUUUGCAUAUUUAAAUCAUUUUUUACAACUGUUAUUUGCAAUAUAUAUUUUAGGUGAGUCGUUUAAAUAGGUUUUGUUUUAAUUCUGGUAUGUUUUAAGCGUUGUGUUAAUGUUUAAACAGUGCAUAAUGUCAUAGUAGCUAACAGUAAUAAAUAACGAUAAAGUUUACCAUGAAUAUUUAUUAAAUUAUUUAAUUUUUUAAAAGAAGUGUACAGUAUGUUAUUUUUCACGAUUCUGAAAAUAGGGAUUUGUUUGUUUGUUUUGCUCAGUCGUGUGGCCUUUUAUUACAUUCAUGAUCAGAGCCCAAAAUAGAAUAAUACAAUACAGUCACUUUUUUUCCCCAAUUGCCAAUUAAAAAUGGAAAGAGCGAAUUUGGGGAUUCAAUGGAUCCGAGCACAUGUUGUAUGACUUGUACACGCAACGACGAGAGACCUCAGACUCUUUUCAGGACCGUGUACAAUUAGCACAAUCAGGCAUGUAAGAAUACAACGCAUGUAGAACGGAAUCUCAAUAAUUCCUGGCAUGAUAUGUUUAUUUAAAAAAAAAAUCAUUAGUGAAUCUACAGGAAGUGGAAAUUUGCACAAAGCCAUACGAUUUCAAAGCAACAUGACAUGAUUCUAGUUUGUGGCGACGGGCGGCACAUGACAUUUGCUCCUUGAGUUUCUUGCUUUUGUUGUUUAAUGUAAAGUUGUGGCGAUGUUCUGUUGAUUGCAUGCUCCUCUUAUUGACUAUACAAAAGGUAAUAGACAAAGAUGUUAUAGCCUUAACUAUAUUACCUUGUUUCCAUUUUCAUAUUCGUUCACGCUAUUUCUUGGCUCUUUCAAAGCCGUGCUAUUUUGCCAUUUUUAAUGACUCUUUUCCUUACGCAAACACUAUUUUGUUCAACGAUGCCUUUUACACUGCAUCUCGUGUCCAGCUGAAAUGGAAACAAAAAGCCACGCAAUUUCCACAUGCUUAUUAAAGUCAUAUUUCAGUUAAAAGGGUCUGUCCCUCUACUUGAUAAGCACAAUUUAAUCACUCGAUUGCUAGCUGAUCUCAGUUAGCUAUUUUGCACGGACAGCCGUUUGAGCAUUUAUUUCAUAUCCUUCGUAAUGUCUUACCAGUCAUUUUUUCACAAUCUUAAGAGUUUCUAACACUGUCUUAAUUUGCCUCACCAGGAACUCUUUCAAUGCCAGCCAUUUUAUGAAAAGACAACCUCUAGAGUGCCAGGUGAUUUAGAGCAUUUUUAUUGAUACAUUAAGGCCUACAUAAUAUUGCGUUUUAUGACUACAUAAACACAGAGACUACCAAUAGAAACAGCAGACUCUCAUCUUUCAUAUUCAUUUUCCAUACCACUUAUCAUCAAGAGGGAUGCGUAGGGGUGGAGGCUAUCCAAGCUAACUAUGGGCAGGAGACGCGGUACAACUUUAACUGGAUGCCAGCCAAUAGCAGGAGGUACAGUAUAUAGACCAGUGUUUUUUGAGCCACAGAACACCUUUUUCAUUAAAAAAAAAAGUCACACUAACGGCAAAAAAAAAAAAAAAAGUAAAAAAAUUAAUUUCUGUCGUCUAUUUUAUAUUAACAAUAUAAAGUCAUGUAUUGACUAGAAAUCUAACAAACACAAAACAUACUUCAUAAACUUAUUUUACUCACUCAGUGUGACACCUGGACUUGUUGUAUUGGAGUAGGUAUCACUGCAUGCCCAAUUAAAGUUAAUCCCGCUAUGUGCAGUUUUUCUUAGUGUAAAUCCCAAUGAAAGAUAGCUUUUGCUUAUUAGCUCACACUAGAAAUUCAGAAAAAGUAUUUGUUUUGACCGCCAUUCAAUGACAUGUGUUCAGUGUUCAGUUGUGAGUUAACAACUUUACUAUUUGAAAACCUUUUCCAUUGCUGUCACCUCUAUAGUUUCGCUAGCUAGCCUCUAGCUCCAAUGCCACGCUUAUCUUUUACGCAUCACUAAACAAGGGUAACAAUAUUUUAUUUCCAAAAAGAGGACACUCGGCCUGACCUCGAGAUGCUUACGUAUAUUAUACUCGAAGUUCACUCAAAGGUGCCUCAUCACUUUAAUACAUUGAAAGAAUGCGUCCUCAGUAUGGAUAGAAAAUCCAGUUUUAUAACAAAAUAAUAGCUAUAAAAUGAUCCUUCGUUUUUCACGGUUAAUGGGGACCAAAACCCGCCGUGAUAAGUGAAAAACCGCGAAGUAGCCCCCCCCCAAAAAAGAGAGAUUUAUAAGACAUAUUUUUUCACUUUUACAUAUAUAUAUAUAUAUAUUUUUUUUUUUUUUAAUAAAUUGUUUUUAAGCACUGUGUAUGUAAUAAUUAUACGUUUUAAACGUGUUACUGUGUCACCAAAUUAUUUUUAAACAAGAAUAAAGUAGUAGGAAAACGCUUGGCUUUAUUAAAUGCUUCAUAGUGACUCUACUCAAAUCCUGUCAAGCUGCUCACUUACACUCAAUAAGUUGCCACAGCAACUGUUUAACAAGUUAAACGAUGAUUGAUGCAUGCGGCGCUUUUGAAGUCCGUGACUCUGGCAAGAUCAAAGACCUGUCAACAUCGUUAACUUUAAUAAGCAACUCGAGUGACGUGCCUGAAGAACAAAGCGCAGGGACAGGGAGGGAGGGAGCGAGAGUGAGACUAUGCGAUCGGCUCAGGACUACUCAUCUGCAUUUUUUUUCGGAAAAACAAAAAAAGCUAAGUUUGAAGCGCGAAGUAGCGAGGAAUCACUGCAUAACCAAACACACCAAUUCAAAUUCUCAGAGGUUACUCAACAGGCUUUUAUAUUCCUAAAAUAAUGGAACACUUACAAGGUUAAAAAAAAAAAAAAAAACAAUUAAAUAAUGAUUUUCAAAAAAUGCCUCUAAUGCCUCCUCUGUAUUAGCGAAUCAUCCUUCAACAAAAAUAAUAGCUCUUUUCAAUUCAUAGGGCUGAAUUAUUCUUCAGUGUUGCGGUGAGGCCUGACCUACCUGCUAACGCAGACCCGACUUACGACCCUGCGCCGUAGUCUGAUGUGGGCCUCCAAAAAAUAUGACUAUGCAUUACGCCAACGUGUCGUUACGUGAACGUCAAAGGACUGUAAUUGGUCGGCUCAAAACUUUGUUUCCGGUUCAGCACAACAACGCCGUUUUCAACCAUUCGCAAAUGUCUUCUGUGUCGCCUAUGCUUUAACAUUUGUAUUCACGACAUUUGUUGUUCAAUAUGGAUUAGCUGCAGCUGCAAGUACACACGUUCCAUCGCCGUUGCCAUUGCCGUCUAUGACCAAAGGAAAACGAAUUCGACAAGAGUCUACCAAAACCAUACCAAGACAAAGACAAACCCCUCUAGUAGCUUGGCGGUGAAUUACAGAGCAACGUGUUCCCUUGACGCAGAACUUCGAAUGCUCAAUUGCGACGUAGGGUCUAUGCCAUCGCUUCGCUGUCAAUGAAACGCAGAAACAUAAAUCAGCCCUUACUGGAAGAAUAAAUAAACAAUCUGAAAUAAUGUUCUAAAUAAUACCUCUUCUAGAGAAAAUCCAGCUCUAACAAAAACCCAUUUUCUCUUUUCACUAACGUAAUGUAAAUAUUAGCCUCACAACAAUACCAAUUUAACAAAUAAAAAAAACAUCACUUUAGUCUUUAGUUUUCUUCCUCAUCCCGCUUUUGUUCUUCUCCCUGCUUUUCUUCUUCAUCUUCCUUGUCUCUAUUACUGAGCACUGCAGAACCAACCACUGGGCAGGCUCUUUUGGAACACGUCACAGGCAGCACAGUACCGUACUAUUCUGUGCAAAGCGUCAGUCAAUUUCAACACAAGCUAAUUGGUUCCGCGAAAAAUAAUGAAAACCUGACAUUUUCAUGAAUUUAUAAAACCUCGCCGGACGCCCCGGACAGGAUGUAAAAAGUGGACAUGUCCGGGGAAAAGAGGACAUUUGGUCACCCUAACUAAAAAAGGAAUUAGCUUCCUAUUGACACCUACUGAUAUGCAGCAGUAUUGCGUGAUUACCCACCAUUGGAGAGCACAGACACGCAGCAGCGGCACAUUUGCGGGUUGAUUUCAAAAAACAUUUUUACAUCAAUCAGGUGAAAGUGGAUGUGGAUUUCCCACAGCGCACCAAACACUAUGUCAUGGCAAAGUAGCUGAAAAACACUGAUAUAGACAAACAACCUUUCACACUCACAAUCACACCUAUGGAGGAUUAGAAGUGUCCGGAGAUAACCUACCCAAGCACGGGGAGAACAUGCAAAAUUCAAAAUGAAGGCCGGAGCCCAGGAUUGAACCUUCAUUUCAGUAACUGUGCUCAUCACUGACUCAUCAUGCUGUAUCUAUCUAUACUGUGCCGGUACAGUUACCUAGCACUGUUGAUAAUCUACAGUAUCUAAAAUUGUUUCAACCUUUUUCCGUUACUUAUUAAAUGGAAGCAGAACAUGAGUGGUUUUUACCCAAAUCCUUGCUUCUGGAUAGAAAAUGUUUGUGAACAGUGACUGACAAUAAUAUAAUUUCCUUUUGUCAUGCCUCAAUAUCUGAAUAAGACUCUCACCCACCCAUCCCUAUAAAAAUUGUCACAAAAUGACACUUGACGUCUGGGCUUCAGUUGAUGACUUUUGACGACACUGCCAUCGAAGGAUUAAAAGACAAAUGGAUAAAUGCUUAAACGGCUUUCCAUAUUCCUGGGCAUUUUGUCUUAUACGACAGUCAGUACAAUACAAUGCAGUUUAAGAAAUUAACAGCAGACACAUUUUAUGGUCGCCAACCAGUUAAAGAAGGAGGGCUGCAUUCUCCUUGAUGAAAGCAAUAAUACCAAACCUAGAAUCUUUAUGAAGCCGCAGCCCUAUUUCCAUUGUUAAGCUAAUCCACAUCAGUACCUUUUGGUUCUCAAUGCUUUUAAAAUCAUUGUGUGGUACAUCAUCUCUUCAGGAAUAAAAAUCUAACCACAAUGGUUCAGUGUUCUUUUGACUACACACAACUGUACUUUGCUAUCAAUAACCUCAAAUGGCAUUACACCUGACAAGUUGCCGGUUACCGAGGUAACCUCGCUCCCUCUCUCCACUCUGACCGGUUUUAUUUAUGUGUCAAUCACCGCUAUUCCCCACUCCCAGUGGUCGGUUGCCCGCUCGUGCCAUUUAAAAGCAUUUGCCUUUGCUUAUUUUGCAUGGCGUUACUUCACCUUCAGCCGCACCGUCAGCUCUCGUCGAACCAUCAAUACAUGCUUCAGGUUAUAAUGUAUCUACUAAAUACAUUGACAAUAAAGGCUUUCUACUGUAUUGUAGUCUUUAAGAGUUUUACUGCCUGUAUAGGCAUUUUCAGUUGUGUGUGCUUCUUUUAUUGCACAUGGUUUUCUAACUAGAUAUUUUCUGUUAUUAAUUCAUUGGCUGCCAUUAACAGAGAUACAGAAGAUGCUCGAUCAAUUUGAACUUGGAGGGCUGGCAGUGAUCAGUCAUAGAUUUCACUAUCAAUUGACGGGAAACAGGGCACGGGGCCACUCUGUAGGGGGCCUAUUUAAAAAACUUAAAAAUCAAAUAUUUUCAAAACCAAAGCUGCUAGUGACCUAAAACCAAAACAGGCACCUCCCUUAGGCAUAUAUGAGUCUCCAUGAGCAGCGGCAUACAAAAAUUCAAAGUCGUUACCUAAUGAAAUCCCAAUUAAUUAUUUUAUAUAUAUAUAUGUAUAACAAAACUUAAAAUGCUAUAAAAUUCUUGGAUUUUAUGCUAGAUGCACCAAAUGCAGAGAUAAUGACCUACAUUUUUACACAAUUGCAAUAUUUAACAUAUAAUGUAAGUUUUUGCCCGAAAUAGCGACUUCUCAUUUAGUGCAAUUUUGACAUUAGUUUUCAACAGCAAAUUUAGCAUUUUUCUAUAUAUACAGUAUUUACAACUUAUUUAGGUUGAAUUUCGAUGUCACUAUUGCCUCAGCACGUCUUGCCGGCAAUCUGGCCCUUGUCGUUUUUAGAUUGAAAUGUUACAUAAAAUAAAACGAGUAGAAGCCGAAUUUUCUUUUCAGUUUAUCACAAAAGUGAGU